AUGGGUAUCUCCCAAACAGUUUUCAAAUUCCUCAGUAGCCAAAAGAAAGCAAUUGGUUACAGUUUGAUGGGACUGCUAACAGUGGGAAGUGAGCAUUUAUUUUCUCUUUCUGCUUUUAAGUGUCCUUGCAGCAACAAAAACUACACCUAUGGGCUGGUGUAUCUCUUUGUCCCAGCCUUGGUACUACUAUUUGUUGGGUUUGCACUGAAUGGCAGUACCUGGCAGCUGUUCACAGGCUGUUGUGUGAACCCCAGGAAACUAUUUCCCAAAGGGAAGAGCUGCCAUUUUUUUCAUGCCUUUGGCCAGAUCACCUUAAAGGCUCUUGUAGCCCCCGUGAUGUGGCUUUCUGUGGUUUUGCUCAAUGGGACUUUUUAUGAAUGUGCCAUGAGUGGCUCAAAAAAUCUGAAGUACCUGGAGAUGCUUUGCCACAAUAAAUCCAACAAGUGCUUGGAAGACCUUCCCAAAGUAGCAUGUGGCCAAACUUCCCUGUCCUCUUGGGAGACUGAGGAGAUCCUACUAACACUUCAAGCGGAAUCUCAGGUCGUAGGGUGGUGUGUGAUAGUUACUGCUGCUUUUCUGUCUUUGUUGAUCACUUGUUAUGGUCACUGCCAAUCUAAUACCAGCCAUCUCCAAAAGAGGUUUUGGAAGAUCUACACUGAGAAGGAGAAGGAACAAUUUGAAAAAUAUUUUGAGGACUAUGCCACCAAAUUGAGCAAAAGAAACCUGAAAAGCUUUUUUGAGAAUAAGAAACCGGAGCCCUUUCCCAUGCCAAGUUUCCGGGCCUGGGAAGAAGCUUCUGCUUUGGACUCUUUCAACAUUAACCAGCAGAUCUUCAGCACACUCCAUAAACUAGUGGAAGACAGCACGAAAGAAAAUGAUUCCAAUGAGACACAAGAUACAAUGGUAAACUUAGGUGAAGGAGAAACAGUUUAGCUAAUGUCAGCUUUUAUUAGCAUUAUAAUUUGUUAACUCACUACAUUUUUCACUUUUCAUUCUUCAUUUCUGUUUUUCUGGUAAUGACCUGUUUGCUGCCAUAAUUUCUCUCUCUCACCAAACUUCUAUAGCACCUCCUCAGGCAAGAUGGCAAAUGUCUUCCGAGCUCUAAUAGCAAAACCCAGGACUCAAUGUAGUUCCAUGAGAUACAUUGUCCCACACAGACUAACCAAAUAGCUUCCCAAUAGUCCCUCUUCUCUCAUAUGUGUCUACUUUGCUCAUGUUAUUUACACAAAACAAAUACACCCUUACUGUUCCUGUUUUGCAUAAAUGAAAUUCUGUCAUUGUUCUUCUUUCCUAGAAUUGGGUAUGCAACAGAAAGAAAACCAGUGAAACAGUAGAAUUUGAUACUGUUCAGCUUCGUUAUGCUUGGUACUGAGACCAGCGCUUACUAAUUUGAAUGUGCUGUCCUUUGUUACCUACCUUGUAUGCUUCUGCAUACAUCUUGAAAGGAGUUAAAGUGUUGUAAGUGUGGAGCAGUCAGUGUACAUUGGGCUUGAUCCUUCACCACUGAUGUCCAUGGCAAAUAUUCCAUUGAAUUCACUGGGCUGAGGAACCAGCAGACUGGGGUUAGCUGAAUUUUGAUACUCUGGGAUUUUUAAAGGAAAUGGCCUUUUCCCUCUUUUGAACCUGUAAAUAUUUUUUUCACACUCUACAUGAGACCUAAGCUCUGCACCACUUAAGUCCCACUAAAUUAAUCAAUGUACAGGCUUUGAGCUGACCCUCAGCACAAAGAAGAAUGUCAUCCUUUAUGAAAUGUGAACUCGAAUGGAUACUUUUCUCUUUUUUUAAUUAUGCAUCAAUAUUUUUUGUGCUUUGCUUUGUCCUGCCUUAGCACAUAAUGGACGUAUUCUGUGUAAUGAGGGAAAAAAUGAAAACUGAAACCAAAGUGUGUGUGUGUGUGUGUACUGGCUUUUUGAAAUGUACUGUGAAUAAGUUGAUGGGGAAGAACUUCAGUGGGGAUACACUAGUAAUUGAGUGUUUUGCUGAAUCAAGGCGUAAAGUGGAAGCUCCUUACUUUCCUACAUUGAGCCCUACAGCAAACACAAGCUUGGUCAUUUCUAACAAUUUUAGAAGAUUUGGUGACAUGACAUGAAAUCUUGGCCCCAUUUAAGUCGGUGGCAAAACUCCCAUUGACUUCAGUGUGGUCAGGAUGUCACCAAUAGUCCCUGCCAUUUAAGUCCAGGGCCCUGCACAAACAUAAAGAUCGACCCAUUCACAUCACUUUGCAGGAUUGGAACCUAACAGACAAAAGAAGGCAGGAAAGGGAGAUGAAGGACAAGGGUUUCA